AUGAGCACAGCGACACUCCAGCCGUCGCAGCAACAGCCGCCGCCGCGUGCUGCCUCUGCUCAAGGUCAUAGACAAUCAUACCUGCGCACCAGCAACCCCAACAAUGCGAGAAGCGCCUCUCACCCACAUCCCAGCCGCCAAUAUGAGAAGGACCUGGUUCUCAAACAGGCCGAUGUCUCCAAAUCCAAAGACGUCCUGUCUCCAGAGGACAUCUCCAAAAACCCCGAAGACAAACAGGUCGGUCGUUCCUCAAAACACCUCAAAGUGACCGACUUUGACUUGAUGCGAACAUUGGGCACCGGAACAUUUGCCCGCGUGUGGCUAUGUCGUUUUGCGAAGCCCCUCCCCCAAGACAGAGACAAAGUGUUUGCGCUCAAGGUGUUGAAAAAGGUCGAUGUCAUAAAAUUGAAGCAAGUCGAGCACGUCCGCAAUGAGAGAGACGUCCUGGCAGCGGUGGCAGGCCAUCCUUUCAUCACCACGUUGAUUACCUCCUUCUCCGAUGAUACGUCGCUCUAUAUGCUGUUGGACUACACCCCAGGAGGAGAGAUCUUUUCCUAUCUCAGACGGGCGCGGCGAUUUCCCUUUUCCACCGUGCAAUUCUACGCCGCCGAGAUCACCCUCAUCUUGGCUUACCUCCAUGAGGUCCAGUUUGUCGCCUAUCGUGAUUUGAAACCCGAGAACAUCCUACUGGACGUGGACGGGCAUUUGAAAUUGGUGGACUUUGGUUUCGCCAAAUACCUACCGCCGGGUCAACAAGAGCAGUCGCCCGGAGGAGCGAAACCCGAGAGCGAACAUUUGGAGCCACAAGCAAGUGGUGCCGGAGUGACAUACACCCUGUGUGGCACACCCGAAUAUCUCGCCCCCGAGGUCAUUCGCAACACCGGGCACGGGACGGCGGUGGAUUGGUGGGCACUCGGUAUUCUGGUGUAUGAGAUGUUGAUCGGACAGCCGCCGUUCUGGGAUCAGAACCCCAUGAGGAUAUAUGAGCAGAUUGUUGCUGGUCAUAUUCGCUUUCCCACCGCACAUCCCUCUCACCACGGUCAACGACAGAGUCUCCAUAUCCCCCGAGCCGCACGAGAUUUCAUCCUCGCCCUCUGCAAGAUCGACCCCACCCAGCGGCUUGGUCACAUUGCAGGUGGUAGUAAACGAGUGAUGGAUCAUUAUUUCUUUGACGGGAUCGACUGGGAUGAGAUAUAUUACCGGAGAAGAAGAGGUCCCAUUAUUCCCCGCGUGGAAUGGGUAGGCGACGCCGGGAACUUUGAUGAAUACCCGGACCCGGUCGAAGGGGAGGAAAGUGAGGGUGGGAGAGGACGAUAUACCGACGAAUUACGCGAUGAGUGGGAGGAGGCUUUUGCGUCGUUCUAG